CCCGCCCCGGCUCCUCUCUCACAAGUUCUCGCGAGGUUUGAGGCCGCUGGGCCGGCCCGGGCGGCUGCAAUAUGGCGGAGGCGGAAGGGGAGAGCCUGGAGUCCUGGCUGAAUAAGGCCACGAAUCCUUCCAACCGCCAGGAGGACUGGGAAUACAUAAUCGGCUUUUGUGAUCAGAUCAACAAAGAACUUGAAGGGCCGCAGAUCGCUGUCCGACUGCUGGCCCAUAAGAUCCAGUCUCCACAGGAAUGGGAGGCGGUCCAGGCGCUGACGGUGCUGGAGGCGUGCAUGAAGAACUGCGGGAGGAGAUUCCAUAACGAGGUGGGAAAGUUCCGGUUUCUGAAUGAGCUAAUCAAAGUCGUCUCUCCGAAGUACCUAGGGGAGAGGGUGUCUGAGAAAGUGAAGACCAAGGUUAUCGAGCUGCUUUACAGCUGGACAUUGGCCCUGCCGGAAGAAACCAAGAUCAAGGAUGCUUACCACAUGUUGAAGAGACAGGGCAUCGUGCAGUCUGACCCAGCGAUCCCUGUGGACAGGACGCUCAUCCCGUCUCCACCACCUCGUCCCAAGAAUCCUGUUUUUGAUGAUGAGGAGAAAUCCAAGCUUUUAGCCAAGUUGUUAAAAAGCAAAAACCCAGAUGACCUACAAGAGGCCAACAAGCUCAUCAAGUCCAUGGUCAAGGAAGAUGAGGCGCGGAUCCAGAAGGUGACCAAGCGUCUGCACACUUUAGAGGAGGUUAAUAACAACGUAAAGCUGCUCAAUGAGAUGCUGCUUCAUUACAGCAAAGAGGACUCUUCGGAGGCCGAUAAAGAGCUCAUGAAGGAGCUGUUUGAUCGGUGUGAGAAUAAGAGGCGGACGUUAUUCAAACUAGCCAGUGAGACAGAGGACAAUGACAAUAGUUUGGGGGACAUCCUCCAGGCCAGUGACAACCUCUCCCGGGUCAUCAACUCUUACAAAACAGUUGUCGAAGGGCAGGUUAUCAAUGGUGAGAUCGCCAGCUCAGCCAUGCCAGACACGGAAGGAAACCACUCUAGGAGCCAGGGCACUCUCAUCGACCUGGCCGAGUUGGACACACCCAGCAGUUCAUCCUCCACGCCGGCCGCAGCCCCUGCCCCACCGGCCUCUGGCAUCCCUAUCCUCCCUCCGCCCCCGCAGACCUCGGGUCCUGGGCGCAGCCACUCCUCCAGCCAGGCUGAAGCCACCGCGGGACCCAACCGCGCAAGCAGCGCCCUCUGCCUGCUGGAUGAGGAGCUGCUCUGCUUGGGCCUUGCUGACCCAGCCCCCACUGCUCCUCCCAAAGAGUCCACUGCGAACAGCCAGUGGUCCCUGUUCCCGAACGAGCAGCCGGACCUGGACUUCUGCAGCCCCAAGCCCGGGAGUGCUUCCUGCAGCCCCUCGGACGGGCCUCUCGUCCCGGCCUCAGCACCCUCUGCAGGCAGCUCCCAGGCCCCGCUGCCGCCUCCCUUCCCAGCUCCUGUGGUCCCAGCCAGUGUUCCUGCCCCCAAAGCAGGCUCCUUCCUGCUCCCGACUGGACUGGCCCCGGCCCCAGCCCCGAAGGCGGAGUCCACAGCCCUCGGGUACCACGGCUCCGCUUUGGGGGAUAGCAGCCUGCACCAGCUAGAUGCCCUUGACCAUCUUCUUGAAGAGACCAGAGCGACCUCGGGCCUGGUGAAACCGCUCUCUUCCAUCUUCUUUCCUGGGGCUAGCGCCUCCCCUCUGAUCCCUGCCAGCACCACUGCUAGGCCUCUCCUCCCCUUCUCCCCAGGGCCUGGCAGCCCCCUCUUCCAGCCGCCUGCCUUCCAGUCCCAGGGCAGCCCCAUGAAGGGGCCAGAGCUCUCCCUGGCCAGUGUGCACGUCCCCCUGGAAUCUAUCAAGCCAAGCAGCGCCCUUCCCGUGACGGCCUAUGACAAAAACGGCUUCCGCAUCCUCUUCCACUUUGCCAAGGAGUGUCCGCCCGGCCGGCCGGACGUGCUCGUGGUGGUGGUGUCCAUGCUGAAUACCGCUCCCCUGCCUAUCAAGAGCAUCGUGCUACAGGCCGCCGUGCCAAAGUCGAUGAAGGUGAAGUUACAGCCACCCUCUGGGACAGAGCUGUCUCCAUUUAGCCCCAUCCAGCCGCCGGCAGCCAUCACCCAGGUCAUGCUGCUGGCCAACCCACUGAAGGAGAAGGCGAGGCUUCGCUAUAGGCUGACGUUCGCCCUGGGAGAGCAGCUGAGCACAGAGGUGGGCGAGGUGGACCAGUUCCCUCCCGUGGAGCAGUGGGGUAACCUAUGACCCCGGAGGACUUUGUGUAAUCACACGGAAGCCAGGCAGGCUGCUGCGAGACGGGAGGGCGGGCUCCCUGGUCCAGUCCUCCGCCACGUCGUGGAUACAGCGCUAGGAGCCUGGAUAUGGAGCAGGGGCCCUGGGCAUCGCUGCUGGGAGCCGGGCUGCUGCUGUGAUGCUCUCUCCCUUGGCCCCCUAAAAGGACCUGAUUUUUGUCUACCUGUGUGACUUGAAGUGGCCAUGUACUGUCAGGGGUGGGGAGCGGCCCCAGCCUCCACACUCUGGCUCGGGCGGGAGCAGGCUUUCCCCCUCAUGCUGGCAUCCUGAUGCCGUAAGGGGGGAGGUCUCGGGGCUCUCCCUCAAGGACCACAUCCUCACUCCCUUAGAGGCCUCAGCCCCACGUCACUACUCUGUGCUUCCCCUGCUGGCAGACUCCUGCUCCCACCUCCAGGGAGGUAGGCAAAGCCCUGUGGUCCUCAGCCCCGGGCAUCGAGUAAGUUGGCACACUGCUGCAUCUCCACAACUCUGCCCUCCGUGGGCAGCAGCAUCCUGGAACAGCCACUGGGUGAGGAGCUGUGUGCUUGUCUCUGGUGGUGGCAGGCUGUGUCCUAUGGACAUCUCAGUAAAAUGGGGAAUUAGCCUGUCAGAACUUGGCCUCGUGACAGUCAAAACUAGUGAUACAAAAGAAAAUGGAAGAGAACCAGUAUUUCCCCUUCUCUGGAAGCAGGUACUCAGAGCUUUCUGGGGAAAGUGUGCCUCCUGCCUUGGGAACAGGCCAUCCUACUCACUACCUCUUGCUUGGCAUGAAAUAAACUGCUCUUCUGCCCUUCGAGUGUCUGAAGGGAGAACAACCCCCAUCCCCCUGUGUCCUCCUGCUUGGGCCCCCCCUCUUCCCACCAGAUGGCCUGUGGUGCGGCAUAUGUUUGGGAACUGGAGGUCUCAGGCUCAGGCAGUUUGCACUAGACUGCUGUCCGUACCUGCUGCCCAGGAACCUUGACCAUCCCCAGCUGCCAGCAAGAUACGGGGUCUGGAGGUGGUGAGAUUAGGGACCAUGCUUGAAUCGAGUCACCAGACCCUAUUUCAACAGUGCUCGGCUCCAAAAAGCUUGUCCUACUUGCUCCAUACACCAGGGACAACCGGGCCAGGGCCUCUAGGCCUCACGGGGCAACAGGCCAGUAAGGAUCACCAGCUGCAGAAAGAGCACACAGCUCACCUGAGCUCGGCCGGAUGGCACGGAGCCGUCUCUGGGGAAAAGUGGCACAGACCACACUCCCUUCCCCCUCCCUGUACUGUGCCGGGUUUCCCUGCUAUGUCCUUCCCGUCCAUCUUGAGCAGGCAGGUUUCACUGCUUCAUUAGGACAGGUCAGAAGUGAAUCCGUUUCACUACUUACAGAAGAAAUCCAAGAGCUUUCCAGAGACCAGCUGCUUGCAGCCCUGGGAAGGUUUAUGGAAUUACUCUAUGGAAAUCUACCUUAAUAAUAAGCUUUAGACAUCAAAAUUAUCUGAGUGUUCCUACUGAGGUCACCGCUUUGUGACAAAUGGCUGUACACAUAUACCAAUCUGCUGCCCUUGCUCUGCUGCAUGUUAAAUAAAAUCAUUUCUGCCCUA